AUGGAGUAUUUUCGAACAAUUUGCCCUCCUUCACCUACCUUCACAGAGAAGAAUGUUCCUGAUCAAUCGGAUAAGGUUUUCAUCGUAACAGGCGCAAAUUCCGGCGUCGGUGCCGAACUAGCCAAAAUUCUCUACAGCCGCAAUGCCACCGUAUACGUCGCCGCCAGAUCCGAAGAAAAGGCCAUGACUGCCAUCAAAGAAAUGGAGAUUGCACACCCCGAAUCAACCGGAAAACUCGUGUUCCUCCGCCUGGACCUCUCCGACCUGACAACAAUCCAGAGCUCUGCAGAAGAAUUCCUCGCAGUGGAGUCUCGUCUUGACGUGCUGUGGCUAAAUGCGGGAGUCAUGAUGCCACCACAGGGCAGCAAAACAGAGCAGGGAUACGAGCUUCAGCUCGGUACCAAUAACCUCGGUCAUUUCCUGUUCGUCAAGUAUUUGCAUGAUAUCUUGAAGAAAACGGCGCUAUCAGCGCCGAAGGGCAGUGUGCGUCUUAUUUGGGUUUCGUCGUCUGCGAUUUUGAUGGCGCCGAAGCCGCCAAUUGAUUUCGGUAAUAUGGAUUAUCAUGAGGAGGAAUCUGCUAUGAAGAAGUAUAGUCGUAGCAAAGCUGGGAAUGUGAUUCACUGCGCCGAAUAUGCGAACAGGACUGCUGGGGAUGGGGUACUUAGUUUGUGUCUGAAUCCGGGAAAUUUGAAGAGUGGUCUCCAGAGACACAUGUCCACGUUCCAGAGUGUGGUGACAAAUAUGAUUCUCUAUCCCGCUAUCUACGGCGCUUAUACAGAGCUCUAUGCGGGAUUGAGCGCUGAGAUUACGGAAGAGAACAAUGCUUCGUUCGUUGCUCCUUGGGGAAGAGUUAUCCCUAUUCGACAGGAUCUUUAUGAUCCAGAACUUACAAAGAAGUAUUGGGAUUGGUCUGAGGAACAGGUCCAAGGCUACUAA